UCGUUCGUAAGGAAGUUAGAAUCCAAUCCUGUCAAUUGUCUCGCCCUGAUCCGAGACUAAUUUAGUUAUUUUUUCGUAAAGAAAUAUGUAUUUCUUGCCAACAAACAUUGCCAAAUACCGGUAUAAGGUAAUCUAGAUAUAUUAAACAGACUUCUUGAACUGGCUUAUAAGGGGGUCGGUUCUGAAAUGUAAUAACCUGCCUUUCUCCUGUCCGACAAGAUCCGCUUCCACCGUAUGCGCAGCGGUUAGCGAACUAAUGAAGUCUUUACGGGACGGAACAGCAAACUGGACUUUUAUCUAGGAAUUUGUAGGGCACACUUGAUAACGCCAAAUAUUCACAGCGGGCGCAGAGCUCCGGCCGAGCCCAUGUGAUGAUGUUGUCAUCUGUUCCGGCUGGUCCAAGAGGUGGUCAGCAGAUACCCAGCACCAUGUCGGUGGGUCUGGUGAAUCCAAUCCCCCCUCUUUCCCAGUUGUACCAUGAACAACUGGCCACAGGGUGCAGAGAGACUAGCAAGGACCAGAAGACUGCUGCGGCGGGUGUAGGACCUCUGAUGACCAUGUCUCUCAGACCAGCAGAGAGCAAAGCUAGAGAUGGUAAUCUUGGGAUGGACUCUGGUGGGAGAGAGCAACAGAUCCCGGUGGAGCACAGGCAGAGCACUUUGGGCUCAGUCUCCAGUCUGAGAGGUCAUGUCUAUGGGACUGCUGGCUCUGCCGACUUCAGAAGGACAGAGAGACAAGUGUCAGACCAGGUCCAAGGCUUUCAAAGACCCGGCAACAAAGGCAAUGUCUUGGUUAAUCCAAAACAACUAGAGCCUACCUCCAGAGCCUCAGCCAGGGCCUCGCCUCCGCUUCAAGCCAGCCCCCCUGGCCCUGCUCCUCCGGCCAGCCCCACAGGUGAGCAGCUGGGCAUCCUGGAGCGCUGCCUGGCACCCCACCAGGCAGAGAUGAAGCGGCUGCUGACGGGUGCCCUGGGCACCCUGUGCCAGCGGCUACAGGUGGUGGAGAGGAGGAUGGAGGAGCUCUACGAGCAGGGAACAAAACAUGGCAAUAGCCUGGCCCUGCUCAACACCCAGGUGGGCCAGCUGGCGAGAAGGAUGACCGCCACCACCAAACAGGACUUGUCACCUCUCCAUGGUCUGGGAAAGGAACCAAGAGCGCUGAGCGAAGAAAAGUUGGACUUCACCAAGCUAUUACCACAUGGUCCAAACCCUUCAUGCAAUAUGGGCUGCUCUGGAACAGACAAGGGGAGCCUCACUGGAUGUCAAUGGAGGAUGGCGACUACAUUUUCACCUAGCCACAGUCCGGCCCGGCACUGUGACCACGAUGAGGGAUUAGGUGGGGAAAUGAAAAAGACAGAGUCAGGACACUUCUUAUCCUCUGUCGGAAAAGAGGCGGUCACAGAGGGGUGCAUACAGGGAAACUACUCCCCCAUGUCGGACUUUGAGGAUCUGGACAUGGAGCUGGCUGGCGAGAAGGGGCAGGACGCUCCCACCUGGUUGGUCAAUUCUGCCCUGGUGGACACAGAGUCUAAUGACAGCCAGGAAGUGACCCUUCUAUCCCCUUGGAAGGCACAAUCUGGGGACACUCAAGGGAACAGGAGAGGGAGUAUGGAGACACAUCCACACCCUCCUCAUAUACACGUCCCCACUCAAUCACAAGGCCAAUCCAAAAGCACUGAGGUCCCAACGUGUCCAAUUCUAGGUAAGGGUCGGACUAUGGCUGCAUUUUCUGAGGUGGUCCAGUUGAGCCCUAUAGGAGCUUGCUCUCUGUUGGCACAUUCUGUUAAAGUCGUAGGCUCAUCUAGGUACGAGCACACAGGCAGAAUAGCUCCAACUGAUUUCCAGCGAAGAAUCACCAGCCCACCUCGCACUGACCACACGGCCUACACUCAGUCCUCCAAAGAGGCAGAGAAAGACCGGAAGCCUGAGAGGAAGACGCGGAACAAGAGGGAAGCAAAGGCACACCCGGUUGGUGAGUUCGACUCCACUGCCGCCAUGUCCAUCAAGGGUAGCUUCUCCGCCCAGGUACAGGAUCAACCGCAGGCUGGUGUGGGCAGGGAGACAGCCGAUGAGAAGCAGUGGAGUCAACAACACGAGAGGUUUGUGGAGAGUAUAAGGGUGUCAUACGGCAGACAAGAAAAUCACUCUCUUAGAUUAACCGUACCUACUAAUCAGCAACACUCUCCAUUGUGCCAUGCCCAAUUUAAAUCUCCAGACCGACUAUCAUCAUCACCAUCAGGUUCAGUCUUUGUGCCGUAUUCCUGGUUUCCACCCAUGACUGGCUACAUGGACCCUCAGAAGGGCAAACAAGCCCUCCUGCCAUUCCACUCUACCAGCCCCUCUCUGGACACCUCCGUGGCCUCCAAGUUCCCCUCUCCCCGAAAUGGCUCUUGUAAAUCUCUCAUCGUUGGUGUUCAAUCCACCCACCAUGAGUGCCAGACCCUCCUGCUCCAGCUGUCGAACACAGCCAACCACCUCAUAGCUGCCAGCCCCUCUCCGGAGCUCCCCUCACCCCCGGAUGGUGGUCAAAGCAGACGGGGGAACCUCCCGCACUUCUUCAACUCCAAGCUCAAGCGCCACUGGGAUAAGGACCGGCCCUCCUGUAAGAAGCGGCAGCUAAAAGGUAUUAGCAGCACUGGUGGCGCUCUAGCCAUGACACUCCUGGAGCUGCAGGAGGAGACGUCGCAGCACCACUGGCAGCCACUGGUGAUUCUAGGCAGCCCAGUCUUGCUUCUUUCCCCCCUGCAGCUGGCGUCCCUAGCCCAGACCUUCUCCCGCUGCUGCAGCAAACUCCUGAACGGAGACACCUCUACCCUGCAGCGUGGUCUCUCCCGCCUACUCCACGCCACUGGCCAGUUCCCCAUGUCCCUCUUCAGCCAGAUGGGCUUUUCUAAGAUCUCCAAGGGGGUCUGAGCACUGUGCUGGCCGCCUCCUCCCCGACCUCCUUCCGCCACUGGUUCAGACACAAGCGCCCCGCUCCCCUCAUGAGACUGUCGGCCACGGAGGUGAAGACUGUGGUGUGUCAGAUCAUGGAGUCGCGGAAGAAGUACAUGCAUCUUCCCCUGCUGCCCCUCAAGGACUACACUGGCCCUCCUGGCCUGGGCAAUGACCACAGCACAUCUCUCACGUCUCAACCCACACAGCAAUGUAGGGUCAGACUCACCCCAGAGCGGGCCCUUUCCAAACCCAGAACCAGCCAUGGGCACAGCCCCAAGACCAUGCGUCUGGAUAACCUGCCUGAGCCUGUACCCAGUCUUGCCAUCGCUACUGCCAACGUCAAAUACCCAGGUCUGCAUGGGCAUGGCUGCAGCCCAUCCAGAGAG